AUGCAGGCAGAGGUACAGGUGGGGGGUGAUGAAGGGGGCAAAGCACAUCACCAUGUCCUCUACUGUCUUCAGGUGCCUGUGGUGGUGUCAGCUCCUGUUGAGCAGAAUCCUAAACUUGAGUUGCAGCAGAUAGCGGCUAAAAUUGGGGGUGAUGCAGCUACCACGGUGAACAACAACACUCCAGACUUUGGGUUUGGGGGUCAGAAGAGGCAACUGGAAGAUGGAGACCAGCCAGAGAGCAAGAAACUGGCUGCUCAAGGUGACUCCAUGUCUGCUCAGCUUGGACCGAUUCAUCCUCCUCCCAGGUCUACAGUGACUGAAGAGUACAGAGUACCUGAUGGCAUGGUGGGACUCAUUAUAGGCAGAGGCGGUGAACAGAUCAACAAAAUCCAGCAGGACUCUGGCUGCAAAGUACAGAUAUCGCCAGACAGUGGCGGCUUGCCAGAGCGGAGCGUCUCUCUGACUGGGUCCCCGGAAUCUGUCCAAAAAGCAAAAAUGCUGCUGGAUGAUAUUGUGUCCCGGGGCCGCGGGGGGCCGCCCGGCCAGUUCCACGACAACGCCAAUGGGCAGAACGGCACAGUGCAGGAGAUCAUGAUCCCCGCUGGCAAGGCGGGGCUGGUGAUCGGCAAAGGCGGGGAGACGAUUAAGCAGUUGCAGGAGCGAGCGGGCGUGAAAAUGAUUUUAAUCCAAGACGGUUCCCAAAACACCAAUGUAGAUAAGCCCCUUCGGAUAAUUGGAGACCCUUACAAAGUCCAGCAAGCGUGUGAGAUGGUGAUGGACAUUCUGCGUGAACGUGACCAGGGCGGCUUCGGUGACCGAAAUGAAUACGGUUCCAGGAUCGGUGGAGGAAUAGAUGUCCCCGUGCCCAGGCAUUCUGUCGGUGUGGUGAUCGGCCGCAGCGGAGAGAUGAUCAAGAAAAUACAAAACGAUGCUGGCGUUCGGAUACAGUUCAAGCAAGAUGAUGGGACGGGUCCAGAGAAGAUUGCCCAUAUUAUGGGGCCCCCAGACAGGUGCGAACAUGCUGCCCGGAUUAUAAACGACCUCCUGCAGAGCCUUCGGAGUGGCCCGCCGGGUCCCCCGGGCCCAGGGAUGCCCCCCGGGGGCAGAGGCCGUGGCCGAGGGCAGGGUAACUGGGGCCCUCCCGGAGGAGAGAUGACCUUCUCUAUCCCUACUCACAAGUGUGGGCUGGUGAUUGGCAGAGGCGGGGAGAACGUCAAAGCCAUAAACCAGCAGACGGGGGCGUUCGUCGAGAUCUCCCGGCAGCUGCCUCCCAACGGGGACCCCAACUUCAAGCUGUUUGUCAUCCGAGGCUCCCCGCAGCAGAUCGACCACGCCAAGCAGCUCAUCGAGGAGAAGAUCGAGGGCCCCCUCUGCCCAGUUGGGCCUGGGCCUGGGCCAGGAGGGCCCCCAGGCCCUGCUGGCCCCAUGGGCCCGUUCAACCCAGGGCCGUUCAACCCAGGGCCGCCAGGAGCCCCCCCUCAAGAAUCCCCUCCUGUCUGGAGCCCGAGCUUCGGCCCCUCCUUCCGGUCGCAGAGCAGGGGAGAAUGGGCACCUCCACCGGGACCUCAGCCAGACUACAGCGCAGCCUGGGCAGAGUACUACAGACAGCAGGCUGCCUACUACGGACAGACACCGGGGGCUGGGGGCCCAGUGCCGCCGCCGACGCAGCAGGGACAGCAGGGGAGGGACCAGCCCGACGUGGAGCUGAUCUUCAGGGCUGACCAAAGCGGCUGCUUCCGAAACGAGAGUCUCUUCCAGGCUUGA